CCAAGAAAAUGGUCACUCCGUCUCAACUAAAAGUACUCCCUUCAUCCCCUCAUGCAUUCUCCAUUAAAACUACACCACAUUCCUCAUCCGCUUCUUUAGCCACCUCCAUGAAGUUCAAAACCUUAAUCCAUAAUUGUAUCUUCUCCCACCUCUUUAGGGUGGCUCGGGCUCUAACCAAGGCCAAGACCAUCAUAAUGGAACUUCUUAAAGAGAUCCAUCUAACCAAUGUCCAUUUCUUAGAACCCUUGCUCUUGAAAAAGAACAAAAACAAGAACAAACUCUAUUUUGGGUCAUUUAGGUUUCACUAUAAUUGGUGUUCAUCCCACGUCGUUCCAAUGACUUCACCCAAUGGUCACGUCUACUAUGACUCCACUUGGAAUUCUUUUUUAGAUGAAAUGGCACCAGAGUCGUCCCAACUCUCAGGGUACCUCCAAUGGCUUGAAGAGAAGAAUGGCAAUGAUCAUGGAAAAAACGGCUCUGCAAUGACUGUCGAUGAGAUGAAUGAGAUUGAUCGUCUAGCUGAUAAAUUUAUAGCAAAUUGCCAUGAGAAAUUCAGAUUGGAGAAACAAGAAUCAUAUAGGAGAUUUCAAGAGAUGAUGGCUAGAAGUGUGUGAGUUUAUUAGAGGGCCUUGAUCACAUACUUUAUAGGCUUAUUUCUCUUAAUUUGUAUUAAAGGGGUUGGAUCGAAGUGGUAUAGUUAGCAUAACAAGAGUGCAUGAUUAAAAAAAUUUGUAGCAAGGGUUUUCAUCAAAAACUUCUAUUGCAACUUUGCAAGAUGGAUUUUUGAUAGGAAUUGAGAGGAGCUUGUUUGUGGUCAUGCAAUAUAUUCUUGUGUUUAUAAGUAGAAUAUCUUUAGGAAUUACGCUUUAGCUAAACCCCUUAAUUAAUGAAACUUAAUUAAUAGAUUCAGUUAUUCACAU